CGGCCCACGAUGCCCUCACGACGGCCGGCCAUCGAGGCGCGCAGGUCAACGCUCCACUAUGAGACAUUUCCCACGAUCCCGCCCAGGACCCGCGGCCGACCACCCUCGACUUCGCCAUCGCGCCUCAAUCGCGACCUCUCGCACGACGGCCACGACAACCAUGAGUCGCCGCUGCCCACGAAGCAGCUGAUCGUGCUGGCGGUCAUAGCUCUGGCCGAGCAGACGGCUCUCAACUCGAUAAGCCCAUACUUGCCCGAGAUGACCAAGUCGUUUCCUGAAGUCAAAGAAGGACAGGGAGGGUUGUACGUUGGUCUGAUCGCGUCAUCGUUUGCGCUUGCGCAGUUCACCACAAACUUCUUCUGGGGCUGGCUGUCGGAUAAGAUUGGGCGGAAGCCCGUCAUCAUCAUGGGCACCUUCUUGACCCUAUGCUGUUUUCUGCUGUUUGGCUUCUGCACCAAGCUGUGGCAUGCUAUCGUCGUGCAGGCACUCAUGGGCUUCGUCAACGGCAACUCGGGCGUUGUGUCGACGUGCCUGGGAGAGAUUACGGAUCGGAGCAACCAGUCGCGUGCCUUCACCUACCUGCCUGUUGUCUAUGGUAUCGGCGGUAUCACCGGACCCAUUGUGGGAGGGCUGCUGGUUCUCUACAAGAAUCCCUUCUCACACAGCGAGGCAAAUCCGUACCCGUACCUCCUACCCAACCUCUUUUCCGCCCUCGUUCUCGGCGUCGACCUGGUCGUGUGCAUGGUAUUCUUGGAGGAAAGCCUGGAAGAGGCCAAACACCUGCCUCCGUUGGGAAAGAGACUGGGCAACUUGUUCGCUUGGAUAUGGCAGUUUACAAGCUCGUCACGACCGACGUACGUGCGGCGCCUACUCGGCCAGCAGCAAAAGCACGAUUCACGGCAAAUGGAUGGUAUAAAUGAAGAGGAUGAGGACGAGGACGAGGACGAUGUAUCGGACGCCUCUGGCGAGUCUGCACCCGCGCUCUUCCCGCACAACGGCGAAGAGCUGACACGAAAAGAAAUAUUGAACCGGGAUACGGUCCUGCUUCUCGUAACCUACUUCAUCUUCCAACUGGCCAACAUUUCGUACAACUCGCUGUAUCCCAUCUUCGCCGAGGAGCAGCCCCCUACGGGACGUGGGUUGAAGCCAGAGGCGGUCGGCUUGUCACUGUCGUUUGCAGGCGCUAUUACCAUAGUGUUCCAGGUGGGUAUAUUUGGACGAUUGCGGGGCAAGCUUGGCAACAAGAUGGCGUACCGUGUUAGCUUGGGGCUGUUCAUUGCGGCAUUUGGGCUCAUGCCGUGGGUGGGUUACAAGGAAAGCAAACCAUACAAAGGCAUUGGCUCGGGGGCUGGGUGGUUGUGGUUCGAGCUUGGUGUCGUGUUAGUGAUCAAGACAGUUGCCGGUGUCGGUGGCUUGACAGCGGCGCUUCUUAUGAUUACCAACUCAGCCCCCAACCACAACGUACUAGGAACACUCAACGGGCUUGCACAGACGCUCUCUGCUGCCGGGCGAGCAGCAGGUCCCUUCGUGUCGGGGUCGCUUUUCACAGCGGCUACCAAGCUGAAACCCAAGGGCGAGGCUUUGCCUUUUGGCAUCUUUGCUGGGGUUUCGCUGGUUGGAUUUGCGCUGAGUUUCGGCAUCCGUGGAGAAGGGCUGGAAGCUGAGGGAUGGAACGAAGAGGAUGAAGACGAAGAGGAAGAUGAAGAGGAGGAGAUUGGUGGGGACGCAGAUGAGGGCACCGGCUUGAUACGAAAAUGAGGGACACGUGGGGCAUCUGUACUAUAGCAUGAUUGCAUGGCUUCGGCGGUCACUGAAGCUGCAUGAUGAGCGCGGCGUUGUAUGGG